GCGCCUCGGCGUCGGGACCCUGCACACGCCCUCGCGCGACCGUCACGUCAGCGCGGCCGGCGCGCGAUUGGCUGGGGAGCAUGUGGCGCGCUGUGGCGCGGGCGCAGAUGAUUGGGCGCGCGGCCUCGAGGGGCGGGCCCCAGGCCUGGGGGCGGGGCCCGGGGGUAGAUCUGGCGGAGCGCGGCCGCCUGAGGGCCACGGCGGCCGGCAUGCCGGAGGCGGACGCGCAGGAGCUGGACGCGCGGCAGGCGCAGCUGCUGUCGGAGAUGUGCAUCGUCGUGGACGCGGACGACCGGCGCGUGGGCGCCGACACCAAGCGCAACUGCCACCUCAACGCCAACAUCGACCGCGGGCUGCUGCACCGCGCCUUCAGCGUGUUCCUGUUCGACGCGGACGACCGGCUCCUGCUGCAGCAGCGCUCGGACGCCAAGAUCACCUUUCCCGGCUGCUUCACCAACUCGUGCUGCAGCCACCCGCUGAGCACCCCGCGCGAGCUGGACGAGGACGAGGCCAUCGGGGUGCGGCGCGCGGCCCAGAGGCGCCUGGAGGCGGAGCUGGGGAUCCCCAUGGAGGAGGUGCCUCCGGAGGACAUGAGCUACCUGACGCGAAUCCACUACAAGGCUCAGUCCGACGGCCUCUGGGGCGAGCACGAGAUCGACUACAUCCUGUUCCUGCGGAAGAGCGUGACGGUGAACCCGGACCCCAAUGAGAUUAAGAGCCACUGCUACGUGACCAAGGAAGAGCUGAAGGCGCUUCUGAAGAAGGCGGCCUGCGGUGAGAUCAAGUUGACCCCGUGGUUUCAGAUCAUUGCCGAUGCCUUCCUCUUCAAGUGGUGGGAUAACUUGAACCACUUGGACCAGUUUGUCGACCAUAAGAAGAUACACAGAAUGUGACCCUGAAAUGAGUGCUUAGCGACGUAGUGAAAAAUUUCUCCACUUACGAAACUUAACGUGAUUUUUUAGAAAUUUGAUUGCCCAUAAGAACUCACUUCAAACCUUGAUACUUCACAACCAGUAUUUGUUGAAAAUACAACCCACGGGGGCGCCUGGCGGGCUCACCGUGUUAAGCCUCUGCCUCCGGCUCAGGUCAUGAUCUCAGGGUCCUGGGAUCGAGUCCCGCAUCGGGCUCUCUGCUCAGCGGGGAGCCUGUUUCCUCCUCUCUCUCUGCCUGCCUCUCUGCCUGCUUGUGAUCUCUCUCUGUCAAAUAAAUAAGUAAAAUCUUUAAAAUAAAUAAAUAAAAUACGACCCACCUGUUAAUUUUUGUCACACACCCCAUGUGCGCACUGUUAUUCAUAGAAGACACUGUGAGAGGUCACUGUCCACGCAGAGGGCAAGUGCGCCUUAGUGCCCAGUCACGCACGUAACACAGGAACAGUAGGUGAAGCUCUUCGUUCUCCGAGUGUUGAGAUGGUCCCGUCCACGAGCAGAGAACACCUCGCUCUUGCCGGACGCUCCACGAAUCAUCACAUUCUUCCCACAGUCUAGAAGAACGUGCAGGGGAACCACUUGCUUAGCGACGUCACAUUCGUCCAAGUUAACUCCGUACGAGCAGAUGGACCUAGUGGAGGAGGUUCAAGACAAAUUAAGUGGUGUAUGUCCCGAUCUCCGUCAUUAAAUCUUUGCAAUAGUCUUCGCCAGGCAGUAAAGCGCGUGCUCCGGUGGACGGCGAGUCAGCUGGGGGAGGAUUUCUUACCGUGACACUGCGGACACGUGGGUUGGCUCAUUCCCCGUGAGAAUUCAUCCUGUGUGCUGUGGGGUGUCCGGCUGCUUCCCUGGGUUCUACCCACUCAAAGCCAGUAACACCCUCCCCUGCGACCGUCCCCGGGACCCCUGAUGCCAAAUGACUCCUGGAGGGCAGAGGCACCCCCAGUCAAAAACUACUUCUACAACAUGAGGCCACAUUGUAGGUGGAAAACAUUCGCAGAAAUAGGACUGUCCGUGUUCCCGAUUGGGGCUAUGGGAUGUGUAUAUAUUCAUACUCCAGUUAUACCUCGACUGAGGUGCCUCGGUGGCUCCGUCGAUAGGCAUCUGCCUUCGGCUCAGGUCACAUUCCCAGGAUCCUGGGAUCGAGCCCUGUAUCGGGCUCCACACUCUGCAGGAAGCCUGCUUCUCUCUCUCCCGCUCCCCCUGCUUGUGCUCUCUCUCUCACUCUCUCUCGCUGUCAAAUAAAUAAGAUCUUUAAAAACAAAUUGUUAAAUUAUACCUUGACUAAUGCACUUCCCAGAAGUCUUGCCAUAGAUUUCUCAGGUCUGAGAUCUUAAGACAGCCGUAUUGUCCUCGAAUGUUGUGUAACAAAUAACAAAAAGAUGAGAAAUGUUCUAGCAAAGCAAAUGUUUUGUAAAUUCAAUAGAAAAAUCCCUUAACAGUUGAUUUAAAACUUCAGGCAAGAUCGUGUGGCAAAUACUAAUUUUCCUGAAAAGCAAAAACAAUAAAAAGAAAUACCACAUUUUAA